AUGCUGUUGUUGGUUCCUCGCCAUUUCCUGUCAGUCACUGAACUUCCUCGGGGCGUUCACUUCCUCGGCUUAGUAACCGGAGGGAGAGGCGAGCGGAGGAGAUGCGAUUCGGUUGCUGAUGGUGAGAAGGUGAUUACCACAGCCCAGGAAUGCAGAGCAUUAAAUGUGUGGUGGUGGGAGAUGGUGCAGUUGGAAAGACCUGCCUUCUGAUCUGUUACACCACCAACGCCUUCCCUAAGGAAUACAUCCCAACCGUCUUCGACAACUACAGUGCGCAGAUCACGGUAGACAAUCGGACAGUUAGCCUGAAUCUGUGGGACACUGCUGGUCAGGAGGAGUAUGAUAGACUCAGGACAUUGUCCUACCCCCAGACCGAUGUCUUCAUCAUCUGCUUCUCCAUAGCCAGCCCCCCGUCGUAUGAGAAUGUCCGCCACAAGUGGCACCCUGAGGUGACCCACCACUGCCCAGAUGUGCCAAUGCUUCUGGUGGGCACCAAGAAGGACCUGCGGAACGACCCUGAGACCAUCAAGAAGUUGAAGGAGCAGAGCCUGAGCCCCAUCUCCCAUCACCAGGGCAACGGGCUGGCCAAGCAGAUACAGGCUGUGAAGUACAUGGAGUGUUCUGCCCUCAACCAGGAAGGAAUUAAAGAGGUGUUUGCCGAGGCUGUGAGAGCCGUCAUUAACCCAGCUCCAGUGAAAAGCAAACGGUCCUGUGUGCUUUUGUGAGGAAGGUUCCUCUCCCCCUCCCCUCCCCCCCACCUCAUCAUUCACCCCACCCGAAUCCUGCCCUUGGUUUUGCCACAGUCAGGACAUUGUAAUCUCCGUGCCAGUCUCCAGGAAAUGUCCCUGGGAAGUCCCACACUCAAAGGAGAGUGGCCAUGGACAGAGAUCUACAAUAGGUCUGGUUUCCAAUAUGCUGAUCCCAACAUCUCUGCAUCCCCAAACCCCCCCCACCCCUCUUCCCCCACACCUGUCUCUGUAGAAAAGUCAUGCCUCAUGUAUUUUGAGACGAGGUCAGAAAUCACACGACACCAGGUUAUAGUCCAACAGGUUUAGUUGAAAUCACAAGCUUUCAGAGCACUAUCCCUUCGUUCUCAUGAUGAGCGAGGAGUGCUACAAAAGCUUGUGAUUUCAAAUAAACCUGUUGGACUAUAACCUGGUGUCGUGUGAUUUCUGACCUUGUCCACCCCAGUCCAACAACGGCACCUCCACAUUGUAUUUUUGGAUGAAUCUGGGAGUGUGUGAAGGGGACCACAUCCUUGGCAGGAUAGCUGGUGUCAUUGCAGGUCUGCUGUCCUAGAGUCCUUCUCCCUGUGUCCAGCAUGGUUCCUGGUUGUAGCCGGGUUCUCCUAGUGUAUGGUUCAUCCUUGGACCUUCCCUCCAAACUGGUGUUCCACUGGACGUUGUCUUUAUUCCUGCUCGUGGAACAAGCUGCUCAUGAGGAAUGGUCCACAUCUCCCAAUGGAUUAGCAAGAACACCCUCAGUCAUUGCCUCAACCUAUCCGCAUCUUCUUGUACCUCCACCUCACACUGGUCGAGAGUCUCCAGGUGAGCCAGCCCUGGAGAAUCAAGUGGCUCCCCUCUCACCUUUAACACAACUGCACUAGCUCUCCUGAGCCUAGACUGGUUGAGAUUUUUGGGAGAUCUUGUAAGGAUGUUUUACUCCCAAUCCAGAAUCAAUUCCGAACAAGAGACUCAGUGAACUCUUUCCAAAUUGAUUGCUUUCAGUUCAGUGGCUUUGUUUCAUCCCUGGAGGGCAGGGUGAGAUAGGGCUUGAUAUGUUAAAAAUGAUGACCUGCUGUUUGACUCGGAGGUUGAGGCUCUGACAGUGUACCACUAGAGGCCUUGGGCAGUGGAUGGAGUGAGAGUGUGAGGAGAUUUCCUGGGGAGGAGGAGGUUGGGGACCAGAAUGGUCCUGAUUGUGACACACCGUACGGGUUUACACAAGGUACCAGUCCCCAAUCCCCUUCUUCCUGCCAUAAAUAUUCAAAACCACUUUCACUUCCAAUACUGUGGGUUUAGCAGUCCCCUCCUCCUGUCGUAACCUGUAAACCACUCUGCCGAUGAACUCAAAAGGAUUAACUCCGCUGCACGGUCUGAUUAGUCAGAUGAAAAUGGAGAUAUUCGCUUGGGAGCCAGUGCCUUCUAAAGAUGGACAGAGACACCGGAACAGUCCAGGAGCUUCCAGAGUGAGCUCCCUCAACAACAGAAGUUAUACUGAUACCUCCAGAAUGAUCAGGCUCUCUCUGGAGCUGCGGGAUCUCCAUAUUCUAGCAUUCCCCAAUUUUGGAUUUGCUUUCCGUCCAGAAGCUUCCACAACCCUCUUCACCGCCCCUCAACCUUUUCCCCAUACAACCCCCCCUUUCCAAACAAAACCUCGAUGAAAAGUAAUAGGGGCUUGGUGGUCUUUUUAAAACAGCAAUGUCUUGUCUCUUUUGACCAUUUAUUUUAACUUGUAAGAAUGUUGAUGUUGCAAUAAUUGCUUGACAUGAAGGUCAGGUCAAAUGGAAUUGGAUAAGGUGGGGAAUUUGAGACUGUGGCCUUUGUGAUUGGGAGAGGAACAGUGAAGAUCUGGCCAAUGGCAGGAACAUGGACAGCGGGUGGUUAGAAAUCCAUUGGAUAACCACUACCCACCCUGAUGCAUGUCCAACCAGAGCUGAGACCAACUGAGAGGUGCUAUGAUGCUUUCCCUAAUCCUGCUGAGCACCCCCGCAAUCCCAACCCCAACCCCAAUCCACCUUUGCGUGAGGCAACUUCAUUAAAUAUAACACGUGCCUCCCAGGAGCCUUGGGCUGAAAUCAUGGUUCCUAAAACAACUGCCACCAAACUCCAAUAAGCCACUGAAAUACAAUCCACCUCACUCGAGCUACCCCCACCCCCAACAUCACCCUGUGUCUUCUCACUUCAGCUCCUUCUAUGUGGGCUCACUCUUGCUUGUCUUGCAGCUCAUACGGUUGAAUGACCUAUUUGCAGCAGGCAUUAUACAGAAAUAACGACCCCUGUCCAAAGCUCAGCUUCAAACCUUUGAGGCAUCAUUCACAUAUGCUCUCUCCGACAGAGAUUAUAAUGAAGCCUUAAUUUUACAGUUGCCCCUGCAGCUUAACAUUUACCUCACCCCUUAACCUGCUACAAUGUCCUGAUAAAUUAGGUGCUUUUUAAAACAAAGUCUUCUUGAUUAAAAAAUGGAUGUAACAAACUCAAUCUGCUCUUUUGUAAAUCUAUAAUGUGUAAUCUUUUGAAGUAUGCUUUCUUUUGCUGGAAUGUUUAAUUUCUCUGACAUUGCAUUGUUUUAAUUUUUGAGCUAAUAAAGGCUUUAUUAUUGGCUUAUG